UAGAAAAGGUGGUCGCGAGAGGGAAAGAGGGAGGAGGAGGAGGCGGGAGACGGGAUGCCGGGGAACCACGAUCAACGGUCGAGAUCUGCCAGGGCGGCCACCAUCCACGGUUGCGCCCAGUCCGGAGACCUCCUCGGCCUACAGAGGCGGCUCCAGGAGAACCCGUCGCUCCUCAAUGCGAGGAACGCCGUCAUGGCACAAACACCGCUUCAUGUGGCUGCUGGAUACAACAAUACCAGUAUCGUCAAGUUCCUGCUUGAAUGGAAGCGCCCAGAGAAAGUUGAGUUGGAGGCAAAGAACAUGUAUGGUGAAACACCGCUGCACAUGGCAGCAAAAAAUGGUUGCAGCGAAUCAGCAAGGCUACUUCUCACACAUGGUGCUUCUCUUGAGGCAAAAGCCAAUAAUGGAAUGACUCCACUACAUUUGGCUGUUUGGCAUGCACUACGAGCAGAAGAUUGCAUUACAGUGAGCACACUGCUAGAUUACAAUGCCGAUUGUAGUGUCAAAGAUAAUGAGGGAAUGACCCCUUUAAGUCAUCUCUCAGAAGGUGCUGGCAAUGAGAAACUUCAAGGACUCCUUUUUCGGCAUAUAGAGGAGCAAAGAAAGCGCAAAGCAAUUGAGUCAUGCAGUGAGGCAAAAGCAAAAAUGGCCGAGUUUGAAGCAGCUAUUUCAAAUGUUGUGGGAUUGCAGGAACUCAAAAUGCAACUGCGUAGAUGGGCUAGGGGUAUGCUUUUUGAUGAGAAGCGACGAGCAUUGGGAUUAAGUAUAGCUCCAAGAAGGCCUCCUCAUAUGGCCUUCCUUGGUAAUCCUGGAACAGGUAAAACUAUGGUCGCCAGAGUUCUUGGUAAACUCCUCCACAUGGUAGGCAUUCUACCUACUGAUAAUGUAACAGAAGUGCAAAGGACUGACCUAGUUGGAGAAUUUGUGGGUCACACUGGACCAAAGACAAGGCGCAAGAUACAUGAAGCAGAGGGAGGAAUUCUUUUCGUCGACGAAGCCUACAGAUUGAUUCCAAUGCAAAAAGCAGAUGACAAGGACUAUGGCUUAGAGGCACUAGAAGAAAUAAUGUCUGUGAUGGACAGCGGUAAGGUGGUGGUGAUUUUUGCUGGAUAUUCUGAGCCAAUGAAACGAGUGAUAGAAUCAAACGAAGGUUUCCGUAGAAGGGUAACCAAGUAUUUUUACUUCGACGACUUCAGCACAACUGAACUUGCUCAAAUUCUGCAUAUUAAAAUGAAUCACCAGGAUCAGAAUAGCUUACUCCAUGGAUUCAAUCUCCACCCAACUUGUAGCGUUGAGGCUGUUGCGAAACUGAUCGAUAGAGAGACCACGGAGAAGCAGAGGAGAGAGAUGAAUGGGGGUCUCAUAGACCCAUUGCUUGCAAAUGCUCGUGAAAAUUUGGAUCUUCGACUUGAUUUUGAUUGCAGUGACACUGAUGGUUUAGUGACGAUAACAAUGGAGGAUUUAAUGGCAGGCCUUAGACUGCUUUCUUAGCAAUGGUCUAGGGAUGACUUAAGAACUCUAUUUCUUGUAGUCAGCCCCAAGAAUAGCAGGUUGUUAAAUUGCAAGAGUUGAGCUCACUAUCAGAGUUCAUUAGACAUGAUUUCUUUCAUUGAUGUAUUCCUUCCUCUACAGUGAGGAAGUAAAGUUCAUGUUGUAUUAGAUAAAGUUCAUUGUAAUAGUAGGUUCAUUUACGUUCCAUAAAACCAGCUUGACAUUUAUUGGUGAAGUCAAUGUGUUCCUUAGCAAUUAACCUCAGAAAUCAUGAAAAUAAAUGUUGUUUC